AUGUCUACUACCACUACCGUCACAGAAGAUCGCAUUGAGCUGACGAGGUUCCCAACGACCUCUCAUCACGCGUCGAACAAGUCGUUGCCUUCCACCCCACGCCCAGCAUCUGUCAGUCACAUUCAAGAUGAAGGGCCGGAUAAUUCAGCCUACUCUGUUACAGCGGUACCGGACGGAGGAUAUGGGUGGAUUGUCGUCGCUGGUGGCUUCACAACGAGCUUUUGCAACAACGCGAUCAUCAAUUGCUGGGGUGUACUGCAGGCCGCCUUACUGAAUUCAACACUGAAGGAUGUUGCACCAGCUACACUUUCUUACGUCGGCUCUCUGGGACUCGCGAGUGGUGCACUAUAUGGACUGGGUGCCGUCAGUCUGAUGAGAUACAUAGGCUGCCGGGCAACAAUUGUACUUGGAAAUUUCCUCAUGGGCCUGAGUCUGAUUGGAGCAAGCUUUUGUACGUCAAACUUGCCGGGUCUUUUUGGCACAUACAGUAUCGUUGGUGGCAUUGGGAUGUCACUGAACUGGACUGUCAACAACACAGUUCCUGUGCAGUAUUUCAGCGCUCGUCUUGGUCUGGCGAAUGGCCUCAUCAAGCUUGGCGGUGGGGUGGGUGGUUGUGUCAUGGCCAUUGCUUUGGAAGCUUUGAAUCGAAGAGUCGGCAUCGAGUGGACCUUCCGGAUCCAGGGACUCCUGACCUGGGCCAUCGGUCUUCCUGCCGCCUGGGUGGUGAAGGACCGUGUUCCGCUUAGGAAGGCACCGUUCGUCGAUCUAUCCAUGUUCAGGUCUGCCACCUUUAUUGCGACUUUUGUUGCAAGCGCGAUUGGUGUCUUCGCACUCUUCGUUCCGCCAUACUAUCUACCGUUGUUUGCACAAUCGAUUGGCCUUAGUCCAAGUACCGGUGCUGGUCUGGUCGCAGCGUUCAAUGCCUGCAAUGCUUUAGGUCGGUUUAUCGCUGGUCCUUUAUGCGACAAAAUCGGUCCACUCAAUAUGUUCGUCAUCGCAAUGGCUCUCAACGCUGCGAGUAUGCUCGCGAUCUGGCCAGUCUCCAGCACGCUGGGCCCGCUAGUACUCUUCGCCAUCAUAAACGGUGUCGCAAAUGGCGCGUACUUCACUACCCAGCCGACUGUAGUCGCUGGUAUAUUCGGUCCUGGACGAGCUGCAGUGGCUAUGAGCAUGUCGGUCACAGGCUGGAGUGUUGGUUAUCUUAUGGGCGCGCCAAUUGCCGGUUACUUACUACAAGCUGCAGGUGGUAAAUGGGGAAGCGGAUCAGGGGUAGGUAUUGACGCUUACCGACCUGCCAUUUUCUACGCUGGUGGAACUGCGACCAUUUCCGCGUUGUGUGUUGUCGUCGCUAGGCUCAUCGUCACUAGGAAACUGCGCAAGAGAGUCUGA